AUGCUCCCGCUCAUUUCCCCCUCUUCUUCCUCGGUUCCCUCCCUUCACCCCCUCAUGAGCCCCAUUCUUCCUCUUAUUUCCCCCCAUCCACCCUCACAUUACCCCCCUUUCUCCCCCUCAAUUUGGCCCCCUUCACACCCCCAUUUCUCCCCCAUUUCCCGUCUUCAGCUCCUGCUCCCACACAUUUCCCCCCCUUCUGGCUUCGAUUCCCCCCUUCUCCCUCUCAUGGGUGGCGUGCCUUCCCCCCUCAUGUUGCUCCCCAUCAUCCCUCUCAUCAUCCCCUCUUCGUCCCCUCAUUUCCCCCCUUUCUCGCACUCAAAUCCCCCUUUUCUCCGUCUCAUCUACCCCCUUAUCCCUCUCAUUUCUCCCCCUUGCCCCUUCUCAUUCCCCCUAGCCUCCCUCCUCCCCUCACCAUCAUUUCCCCCCUUGCUCCCUCUCAUUUCCCCCCUUCUUCCUCUCAUUUCCCCCCCUUCUCCCUCUCAUUACCCCCCCGUUCCCCCCUCAUUUGCCCCCCUUCUCCCCCCCAUUUCUCCCCCUUCUCCCUCUCAUUGCCCCCCCUUUUCCUUCUCAAAUUCUCCCCUUCUCGCUCUCAAAUCCCCCUUACAUCCCUUUCCCCUCUACUCCCUAUCAUAUCCCCGCUCCCACUCAUUUUCGCCCUUUCUCCACCACACGUCCCCCCCUUCUCUCUCUCAUUUCCCUUCCUGCUCCUUUCACUACCCCCCCAUCUCCCCCCCAUUUCCCUCCGUCUUCCCCUUCGUUUCUCCCCCUUCUCCCUCUCAUUAUCCCCCUUUCACCCUCUCAAGUUUCCCCCUCCAGUCUCUCAGAUCCCCCUUCUCUCCCUCCCCUCCCGCCCCCACCCUCUUCUCCCUAUCAUUUCCCCGUUACCCCCCCUCAUUUCCUCCCUCGCUCCAUCUCAAUACCUCCGUUGCUCCCUCUCAGCCGCCCCCCUUCUCCCUCUCAUUUCCCUCUCAAAAUACCCCCUUAAUGCUCUGA